GGUCGUGCACGAACCUAUCGCGAAAGAAAUUAACGACGCGCGCGAUUGAUCGAUGCCGUGGCUGAGAUGCGCAUCGUGGCUGUGCCGCCGUCGCGCGACAGCCAAGACGUCGUUAAUCAAGUCGUCGAUUGACCGAGCGAAUAGGCGUGCGUGCGUGCGUGCGUGCGUGCGUGCGUAUUCCGGCGGACGGGACGGGACGGGGCGCACCUUCCCUCAAGCGAGCGCGAAGGGCGGAUAAGAGGAGAAAGGGAGAAGAAGACAGAGGAGGGAGCAAAAGCGAAUUGAAUUCCUGCGCUCGCGGCGGUAACGCAUCGUACAGUACCGGAACUGCAGCCUGAUAGACUGUCUGUUUUUCUUCAUACAAGAACGAGAGUGCGCGACGGUGAAUCGCGGAUGUUCGAGAGAGACGGACCGAAGGCGCGGAGUGGCAAGGAGAGAACAGACGAGAGAGAAACUGAGAAUAAGAGGGAUACGAGCGGAUGGAUUAGAUGAAGAGGAGACUACGUUUCGAUAGAGCCAGUAUAAACGCAAGGACAACGCGGAAUCCGGACGUACAACCGAUCGCGCCACCAUGGACGAAUGCAUGCUGAAUGAUUUGUUAGAGUGCUCGGUAUGCUUGGAGCGACUUGACACAUCCAGCAAGGUGCUGCCGUGCCAGCACACAUUUUGUAAGAAAUGCCUGGAGGAGAUUGUGAGCACCCAUCGCGAAUUGCGUUGUCCGGAAUGCCGCGUCCUCGUGGACGUCAAGGUGGACGAUCUACCGCCGAAUGUAUUGCUGAUGCGUAUCCUCGAGGGGAUGCGCAACGCUGCGCCAAAGAACCAGGUCAAGUCCGCGCUGCCAUCAUCAAGAUCCUCCUCGGGCGGCACCGCUGUACCUCAACGGCUAUUCGGUGGUCACCAGGUUGCUCCAAUGCCUAUCGUCACGGGCAAUCUCGCGCCUACCAUCGCCUCCGAACCAGCUGUGCGACAUUCCAAUGCUGCUGCUAAACAGGUGCACCUGCACAAUCAGGCAUACGGACGGGCGAUUUAUGACUAUGUCUCCAAGGUGCCAGGCGAUUUGAGUUUUAAAAAAGGUGACAUAAUCAUUCUUCGAAAGAAGAUUGACAACAAUUGGUAUUUUGGGGAAUGUGGCAAUAAUCAUGGUGUCUUUCCCCUAUCUUAUGUUCAGGUGAUGACGCCUUUGACACCGCAUGUACCUCAAUGUAAAGCGCUAUAUGAUUUUAGAAUGACAAAUGAUGACGAGGAUGGUUGUCUAACAUUUAACAAAGGGGAAGUUAUAAGCGUUAUCAGAAGAGUAGAUGAGAAUUGGGCAGAAGGUAAACUUUUGGACAGAAUUGGUAUCUUUCCACUAGCUUUUGUCGAGCUGAAUAGUGUUGCUAGAGCCUUGAUGAAAUUGUCAACUAAUGUACAGCCAGGGCCAUCAAGAGUAGCUCCGCCAACUCCGACGAACGAAGAAACUACACCAUUGAUACCAACCGAUCAUUCUCGUAAUGUGCAAACUGCAAGUCAGUCUCGACCGCAAUUGGUACAGGUAUCUGAUUCUGUCUCAAAUGUAUCAUCUGGUGGUAGCUCCACGACUACGACUCCGAACACACCUAACAGUUCGACCACGUCCAGCAGCUCCAGUACCGCUCCGAGCAGCCCUAGUAGUCCCGCGAUGUCGCCGCCCGCAGUCAGCAACAGACAUAAUGUUAAACGUCAUAGUUUCACUGCCGUCAAUACAGGUCAUCAUGCACAUCCCCAUCAUAGACAUAGUGCUGAAAUACUUAGUCCUCCAAUAGACAGUGCCCCUAAUAACGCCAAUAAUAGCGGAGGCAAUGAAUCAUUUUCUUCCUUACAAACCAGUGGUAGUUGCACAGAUCACAAUUUUCGUCACAGACGAAGCGGCAGUAGUGAUCUCGUUCUUGCCCAACCAUCGCAAAAUAUGCCCGCUGGUCAGACUACUAAUACAUCUAAUGCGACGCAUUUACCGGCGGCAUAUAUAGCGUUGUAUCCGUACAAACCUCAGAAAGCGGAUGAGCUCGAAUUGCGAAAAGGUGGGAUUUAUAUGGUGACAGAACGCUGUCAAGACGGAUGGUUCAAAGGCACGUCCAAUCGUACCCAGAAGUGUGGAGUUUUUCCCGGAAAUUAUGUUGCACCUGCUAACAGAUGUCAACGUGGAUUGUGCCGUGGAUCUCCAAACUCACCGAGUCAACAUCAAGGCUCGCUAUCGAAUACUGUAUCAAACGCCGACUCUCGCUUAACGGUGACAUAUACAAAGAACAAAGGUCCCGCGCCGCAGCCAUAUAAUCUUCGUGCACUGCCGCCACCUGAAUUACCGCCGCGUGCCAUCAGUCCAUCUACGACGACUGUGUCUUCGUCCUGGCACGGCGCCGCUCAGCCGAGUCAGGGACCGAGUCAAGAAACUAGUCCGCCCCGACACAACGAUCAGAGUACGACCGUCAACCCUCUUGGGCGCAGUCAUAGUGCGGUGAUGACAACAAAUAUUCCUUCCCCCGGUAAACAAAUCACCGUGUCAUCAUCGUUGCAACCCGCGACAGGUAUCAACAGCUCUAACAAUGGCUGCAGCAACGUUACUAUCUCCGCUCCUUCCUCUUCCGCAAGCGAUAUGAAUAGAAGUCCAAAUAAUACUUUGCGCGUAGCGGGUAGUAUCGCACCGUCGAAUGCAGCUGCAAUAGCAUCUAGAAUCACAGAAAAGCCGAAGGAAAAGAAAGAUAAGUGCGUCUCCUUAAUGCGGCGCUUGACCAAUAUUAAAAAAUCUAAAUCUCCUCCACCCGCAACAUACUCAAUGGAUAAUCCUGUAUUCGACGAUGGUAAUUCCGUCAACCCGAUGCACGUUCGAUCGGAGUCUUGCCCAAGUCAGUUGCUACAGGUGGUACCCACACAGGAAUUAAAUGCUUCAAACAGCCCACACCGCAUAUGUCCAGGCUCUGUGGGGCAAGGGCACAUUACAUCCUCACAGAGACUGAAAUACAAAGAGAGACCCUCCUUACCACUGUCAGUAACCCAGAGAUCCGGUGAAUCCAGUGCAAUGGUAUGCUCAACUGUUGGAAAUCAUCAUCGCAAGAGUAAUUCUCUAGAUGCUGGGAUGGGAAAGCAAAUGAAACAGCAAUCGUCGCGUGAUCGCCCAGGAUACAGAUUCCGUUGUAUUGUACCGUAUCCGCCUAACAGCGAGUUCGAGCUGGAACUUCGUGUAGGGGACAUAAUAUAUGUACAGAAGAAACGUGAUGAUGGAUGGUACAAGGGUAUGCAGCAGCGUACUGGCCGUACGGGAUUAUUUCCAGCAAGUUUUGUGGAAGCUUUCUGAGACCCGACGCAAAGUCGUCUAGUGUUAGAAACUUGUAUAUAACUUGGCCUUUCGCGUAUUUACAUAUGCAUUCGGAUUCCCGAUAGUAGUACGUAUCCGCGCGUACUUGUCGUUGGUUUUCUCGCAUUCUCCGGAAUAUCGACUUCAAAUCGAUUAACGUGUUCACGUGUGUCACGCGUAUACGUGUAUCGUAUCUUGAAAUGUGCGAUGUACAUGUGCAUGUACAGUAAUUGUAUAAACUUAAUGGGCCAUUAAUGUUGCAAUAGACAUGCACUAUCGAUGAUGCGACCGACAAUGCGUCGGGUUAACGAAUGCAUUCGCGCGAUGGGUACAAUAGGAAAUUUUAGCACGAAAUAGCUAUACAUAUUUUAUAAGUAGAUAAUGUAUAAGAAACGACAAAAGAUAUACGUCGCUGAAACAGAAUAUUCAGAACUUAUACUGCCAUUGGUUAUGUAGACAUGCGUAACUGUAACGAAAUAACGAAUUCAUUUUGCGACAUUACUGCCAUUUGCGAUUGUAAAGGAAAAAAGAAAAAUCAGUUUUCUGUUUUAAGGCUCCUGUUUUAAGAUAUUCUAUAACUUUUAAUGAUAGUGUCAGAGUUAUGGAACAGACUCAUUGCCGGCUUAUUGUGAUCAAUCAUCCAUCAUCUGGAUUGAUGAUGACGAUAUCGCUGCAAGUGAGUUAAUAGGAACCUUAAGCUACUGAUUUUGAACUUGCUAUCUUUUUCUGACACGCACACGACAUAUAAAAGAGAUUAAUAUUGGUUGUGUAACAAUAUGCUUAUGCGCAUGAAACCAUUCAUGACAAGUAAUUAAAAUUAGAAUAUUGAAAUGAAUGAAAAAAAA